AUGCCACCGAACAAUAAGAAAAAGAAGAAGCCCGCAUCCAACCCGGCUCGAGGCUUCGCAACAGUCUCCGUACCCUCGAAGCCCAAACCAGAAAGCACAGCAGAGACUCCACCAACCACUGCUGGCGAUUCCAAAGCCACCCCUCAAAACGAACCACAAGCCCCUCGUGUGGAAGACUACCCCGCGGGUGAAACACGCUCGGACGAGCCUAGGGCUGGUCCCUCAUUACAGAACUAUUCCCCGGAGGAACUCGAAAGGCAUUUAGAGGAAGCAGAGCUACAGAUUUUGGUCGAUAAAUAUGCGACAAAGUGCAAGAGUGAUGCAGUGCGCCAGGCGACCAAGCUAGAAACCGAAAGGCGGGUCCUUCGACAGCAAUCGGUCUCAUUGAGUCUCCUCGAAUGGCUUCCGACCGAGAUACAAGAUCGAAUUUUGGAAUUGGCAGGUACUGAAGAGCAUGACUACCUUGUAUCGAGUGCUCGAAGCAUCGGUGCGAAGCAAGCAGGCACUGAGGAGGAGCUGUAUGGGAAGCUCUGGACCUUGAAAGAGACACUGCUUAAGCUUGGAUUCUCGGCGGAGCGUACAGAAGAGGCACUGAAACAUGUCCUUUCGUACUUUGCGGGUAAUCCCACCAGCGCGAGCCGUGAGGUUGCCUGGAAUUUGGACGAGGCGCUGGAAUGGCUGGCAAUGCACAGCGAUAAGAAGGACCUUCCCCCAUACACACAGACAACUGCACGUCCCCAAAAAGAUGCGGAUAGUGUCACUUCGUGGAUGAUCGACUCGGAGCCAUCAAGGUCAUCCACCCCCAAAUCCCAAAAUGAGAGCAGACAGGGCAAGCCCAAGGCAGACUGGAAGGCCGCAAAGGUUGUGACUCCGGUUUCAUAUGACUCGGACAGCUCUAUCGAUCCAGACACCAUGGUUCCCGAGUGGUUGGAGCUACAAAAAAAGCUGUACAGUCUCCAGCCAGAUCUAUUUGAUCGCCAAGGAAAGGGGAAGAAGGGCCGUGGAGCUGCCGCUGGGCAGUCUGAUGACCCUGAGGUAGCAAAGCUGCAGCGCAAAAUUGCUAAGAUUGAACGGGAUGUGCUUUUUGAGGCCCAGGAGGCUGAUUUUAUCUGGAGAGGGAAGCUUGAUGAGCUCAGGAAGGAUGCAUUCAUGCGUCGCCCCGUGGAGCGAAAAAAGCAGCCUCAGGCUACGGAAGCAUCAGGGAAGGGCGCGGCCAAUAGUGGCUCUGACAUGGAUAGCCUGCCAGUGGACGACAUGGACGAUGAUGCCGCAGAUCUUCUUGGUGACAUGUUCCAGACCGAACCUGACGAUGGGUCUAUUUUAGGUCUGCCUCCUCCAGUGAUCGAAGCCAAAUUUACCAUUCGGGACUUUGGAAAAUCUACCGGGUUGAGCCCACGGAGAGUCCUGGAAGAGACCUGUAAAGCAAGAGACUCGGCUUGCAAGGUGGUCUACCAAGACAUCUCGUCUUCAACCCAUCAAUGUCGAAAGGCUAUUGAAGUGCGGUGGUCCAAACCGCAAGAACCCCCAUUUCCACUGGCAAUUGAUUCCGUCACCCACAAGUCAAACGCCCUCGCAACUUUCCUUUCAAUGGAUGCUCUUGUGACACCGACCCCACAGCAGGCUGAAGGAUAUGUGUCGACCCUUGCGCUAUUUAUCCUGUUCCCUCAAAACUCCAAAGAAGGCAAAGCCUAUCUACGCAUUCCUGCAGUUUGGCGAGACCUUUGGACCGAAUUCUCCAACUUGAAGAAGACCCAGGAAGAUGAAAUCGACAAAGCUACAAUCAAAGAUUUGAAGCGCCUGGUCGAAGAGAAUCAGGGUACGAUUGAGGACGAUGUUGUGUUGCUGGACAACUUCCGGAAGAGAAAUGGCACGGCAAGUAAGCCGGGAACUCCUUUGAAAGGGCCUGCUCGAGGGGAUUACUUUGGCCAGGUGGAGCAGCUGCGCGAAAUUUGGGAGGCCAAGGCAUCCACUCCAGCUUUCCAUCGCAUGAUGCAAGGUCGAAUGAACCUCCCAAUCUGGAACUUCAAGGAUGACAUUUUGAGUACUCUGGAUACGCACCAGGCCCUCAUUAUCUGCAGUGAGACUGGUAGCGGAAAGAGUACGCAAAUUCCGUCCUACAUUCUAGAGCAUGAGAUGCUUCAAGGGCGACCUUGCAAGGUCUACGUGACGGAGCCUCGACGAAUUUCUGCAAUUUCCCUGGCCCGGCGUGUCAGCGAGGAACUUGGAGAGAGCAAGAAUGACGUCGGAACUAACCGGUCACUCAUUGGUUUCGCUGUGAGGUUGGAGAGUAAGAUCAGCUCGGCUACUCGCCUAGUAUAUGCGACCACUGGUGUGGUUGUCCGAAUGCUCGAACGACCAGAUGACUUCCAGGACAUUACCCACGUCGUCCUCGAUGAGGUUCACGAGAGAACAAUUGACAGCGACUUCCUCCUGGUUGUCCUCCGCAGACUGAUGCAGAAGCGCACAGAUCUCAAGCUCAUCCUGAUGUCUGCAACAGUUGACGCACAACGAUUCUCUAAUUAUCUCGGGGGUGUUCCGGUCUUGAAUAUCCCUGGACGGACUUUCCCCGUUGAGAUGAAGUACCUAGAGGAUGCGGUGGAGAUGACCAAUUAUAGUCUAUCGGAGGAUGACUCGAACACUGUGAUUGAGGAUGACCUAGACGAUGUCUCCGACACCAUGGGUGACAAUACUGGAGGCUUGCAGGCUAGUCUUGAUGGCUACUCGAAGCAGACAAAAGAGACUAUUCUCAAGUUUGACGAGUACCGCAUGGACUACCAGCUGAUCAAGAAACUGCUCCUAAAUAUUGCCACCGCUCCUGAGAUGGAUCAUUAUAGCAAGGCAAUUCUGGUCUUCAUGCCCGGUCUAGCAGAAAUUCGUCGUUUGAAUGACGAGAUCCUCUCCGAGCCCACUUUCCAGAGGGGUUGGAUUGUGCAUGCUCUGCACUCUUCGAUUGCUAGCGAGGACCAAGAGAAGGCAUUUGUUGUGCCCCCAGAAGGCUUCAGAAAGAUUGUCAUUGCGACCAACAUUGCGGAAACUGGUAUCACAAUCCCUGAUAUCACAGCAGUCAUCGACACAGGAAAAGAGAAGAUGAUGCGAUUCGAUGAGCGACGACAACUCUCCCGCCUUGUCGAGUCGUUCAUUUCACGCGCCAAUGCUAACCAGCGUCGUGGCCGAGCCGGUCGUGUCCAAAAUGGUAUCUGCUUCCACUUGUUUACAAAGCACCGCCACGAAAAGUUGUUGGCUGAGCAGCAGACGCCAGAGAUGCUUCGCUUGUCUCUGCAGGAUCUCGUGUUGCGAGUCAAGAUCUGUAAAUUGGGAGAGGUGGAGAAAACACUUACAGAGGCAUUGGAUCCGCCGUCGUCAAAGAACAUUCGUCGUGCCAUCGAUUCUCUCAAGGAAGUCAAGGCGCUCACAAGUAAUGAGAGUCUGACACCACUGGGGUCGCAGCUGGCCAAACUCCCCCUGGACGUCUUCCUCGGGAAGCUGAUCAUUCAUGGUGCAUUCUUCAAAUGUCUAGAUGCAGCCGUCAGCAUUGCUGCCAUUCUGUCAUCAAAGUCGCCAUUCGUCAACACUAUGGGCUCCAACUCUCAGCGUGAUGCCGCCCGAAACUCUUUCCAAAGAGGGGACUCGGAUCUUUUGACUGUAUAUAAUGCAUAUUGCUGCUGGAAGCGUGCCAGGACCACGCCAGGAAUGAGCGAAUUCUCCUUCUGCCGCAAGAACUUCCUCAGCCCACAGACUCUCCUUGGUAUUGAAGACAUCAAGAUGCAACUGGUGGUCUCGAUCGCGGAUGCAGGCCUCAUCACCCUCGAUGGUGUCCAGAAGACCGCUCUCAACAAGGCGCGGUCCACGAAUCGCAACCGCCAAUUAUUCAACAUUCCCGAGCAACAUGACCUCAACAGCGCUAAUGAUACGGUGAUCAACUCGGUCGUUGCCUGGAGCUUCUACCCGAAGCUGCUUAUCCGUGAGGGUAAGGGCUGGCGCAACGUCGCGAAUAACCAAGCUGUCACGCUGCAUCCGACGUCUAUCAAUAAACAGGCCGACCCGGCAAUCAAGUGGCUCUCGUACUACCAUAUCAUGCAAGCGCGGAACAGGAACCUCAACGCGCACGAAACGAGCGCAGUGGAUGAUUUUGUGAUUGCCUUGCUGUGUGGAGAUGCUGAAUUUAAGAUGUACUCUGGCGUGAUCUCCAUCGACGCCAAUCGCGUCCGGUUCGCAACACAUUCCUGGAAGUCCAUGCUUGCACUGAAAAUCUUGAACUCGCGUCUACGCGACCUGCUCGCGUCCACCUUCCGCAACCCGCACAAGCCGUUGACCUACAAGCAACAGCAGUGGCUGGAUGUUUGGCAGCAAAUUUUUACGCUCGCGGGCAAGAAGUGAAGCAGAAGAAGCAUACAGCAAGUACAGCGCUCUUUGCGUUACUUCACUUCUGCUAGGCUUUCUCCUGUCUUUCAUAUUGAACCUUGCGUUUUCUUGUAUUCUUGGAAGCAUGGUAACGGGUUGGUAAGAGAGGACUAAGUACUUCGGUAUAUUGGGUCAGGAACUCAUAGAUGUGACAUGAUUUUGGGUCGUUAUAGAUGGACAUAGAUAGGCGGCUUGGGAUGGGUAUACCCUGGACAGGAAUGGAUAGGAUCCGGGUACAGUGAGUUUGGCAUAGUACAGCUAUUGAAGCAUAGAGAAAAUUGCAUUUGAUAGAC